UUUACCUCUGUACGUCCAAAUCUGUUUAUGUAUAUUAAAGUGGGCAGACGGAGGAAGUCCCCUCGAGGCUUAAAACAACCAAACGGAGGCUUAAAACAACCAAACAUGGCCGGCCGCGUCAAAAGUGCGAAACACAAGCUAAGUGGGUGUUCUGUUCUUUAUCAUAUCCUCUUCAACCUUUAAUUAUUAUACCUUCUUUCUUUAUCAUCCCAAAUCUCAACUCCCCAUUUCUUAUCUCAAAACCCACCCAACCCCCCCUCCUCCUUUCUUAAUUCAUAAGAAACUACAACCCCCGCCCUCCGAUAAAACCCCCGCCUCUCCACUUCAUAUGUGCCACUACUCAAGCACAAUGCUUGUGACUCGCCCUCUUUCCCUGUUUAGAAAGUCGCCGAGCAGCCUGUCCAUACCGGCAGGGGAGGGUCCGUUUUCGGGGCUUUUUGUGGUGAAAGAUGAAGAAGCGGAGGCUGAAGAUUCGUACUGUUGGGGGAUUUGCAGGCGGAGGAGGAUUAAGAAGCCGCCGUUUCCACAGGAUAGAAUUUUGACCAUUCUUCAUACCUCUUCUCAGUAUCAACAAACUACUGACUCCACCAAAGUUUGGUUGCUCCCUGUUCUUGAUCGCCCUCUUUCUUCUAAUCGCUAUUACAUUAUCAAAGCUGGAGGCAAGCAUAAAGGGAAAGCAUUCAAAUGCUCAAGAGAAGAUGACAUAACAUCCUGUUGCUUUGGGGACGUUUUGAGCGACAACAGCCCAUCCCCCUUCAACUUCAAAGACAUCUACCAGCAGUUUCAGAUACACCGCUACCACGGCGGUGGUUUCUUCGCUCAGGCCGUCGCUCCCGACGGCGUUCCGCCGAAGUUUCUGAGAACCAAAGGAUGGAAACUUCGUUCUUCUUCAUCCUCGAGUUUGAACCUUCCAUUUGAGGAAGCUCUCGGCUUAGACUCCUGUCGUAGAGAGCUUCUUCCCGACUUUAACUUCCCCAUCUUUACUGCUCGCUCUAUCCCUGUGGUGGUCGGGAAAUGGUUCUGCCCGUUUGUUUUUGUGAGGGAGAACUCAAUCAGCAUAAAAACUCAAAUGAAAGUGUCACCACUUUACUCGCUCACUCUAGAACAAUGCUGGGAAGAGAUAUUCUGUUGUGAGAGCCCCAACAGUGAACCCAGCUCGGUCGUGACAGUCGCCGUGGACGUGGCUAGAGAGGUGGUGUUGGUGGCAGAGAGAGGAGCAGAGAGAGAGAAAGGAGAUGAGCGUAGAAAAGAGGGGUUUGUUUGGUUCAAGGCUUCUAAUCGUUUGGAGGGCGGAAGGAAGGGUAUGAGCGUGGGACUAAGCGUGGCGGUGGUAGAGAAGAUGAAAUGGGUGCAAGAAGCGGGCGGUUGGUUGGGUGGGUUGGGCGACAACGGCGGAGAGAAAGUAGUGCGAGUGGAGAAAGUAGAAGAAGUUAGAAGUGAGAAUGGGUGGAGAAGAUUUAGCCUUUAUAUGUUGGUGGAGAGCUUUGUUCUUCGGAGAUUCAAUGGAGUUUUGGUCUGGAAAUAUAAUUUCAGGCACACUCAUACCCUUAGAUGUAAAUGGGAAUAGCAACCUAACGCCAUCAUUAAUAAAAUAUUUAAAUUAUUUUCUUUCUUGGG